GCAUGAAGGAUGAAUGAACUUUAAAUCUGCGGCUCCCAACUUUCACUGCCUCUCUCUCUCUCUCUCUCUCUCUCUCUCUCUCUCUCUAUCCCCCCACCCCCCUUUUCUCUCCCUCCCUCCCUCCCUCCUCCGCUUCUCGCCGCUCCAGGAGCGAGUGAAGAAAAAAAAUAUCAGAAGAAGAUCUUGACAAUGGAUUUACUGCGAUCACCAUCAUCCUGCUGUGAAUGAUCACAUCUUUCUUUCUUUCUUUCUUUGCGGAGGUUCGGAAGCAUCGUGAGUCGAGAUGAUGGCAUCAAUAGGGGAAUUCGAUCCUCUCAACACCAGAGUCCCUGCAACUAAAAUAGAAGUUACCGUGUCGUGCCGGAGUCUACUGGAUGUGGAUACAUUCUCCAAGUCAGAUCCUGUGGUCGUGUUGUACUUGCAGGGUGUGGGAACCAAAGAAUGGAGGGAGUUUGGCAGGACAGAGGUAAUCGAUAACACUCGGAAUCCAGAUUUCGUCAGGAAGUUUGUCCUGGAUUUCUUCUUUGAAGAGAAACAAAAUCUAAGGUUUGAUGUGUACAAUGUGGACUCCAGAAGCUGUAACAUUUCCAAACACAAGGACUUUCUGGGCCAGACCUUUUGUACCCUUGGAGAAAUCAUCGGCUCCACAGGCGGGCGGCUGGAGAAGACCCUCUCUGGGAUUCCGGGGAAGAAGUGUGGAGCCAUUAUCUUUACUGCAGAGGAGCUCAGUAACUGCAGGGAUAUUGCUACCAUGCAGUUAUGUGCCAACAAGCUGGACAAGAAAGACUUUUUUGGCAAGUCGGACCCCUUCUUGGUUUUCUAUCGGAGUAAUGAGGACGGAACGUUCACCAUCUGCCAUAAGACAGAGGUGAUCAAGAACACACUGAAUCCGGUAUGGCAGCCCUUCACCAUCCCUGUUAGAGCUCUCUGCAAUGGCGACUAUGACAGGACUGUGAAGGUAGAUGUCUAUGACUGGGAUCGAGAUGGAAGCCAUGACUUCAUUGGCGAGUUCACCACCAGCUACAGAGAGCUGUCUCGGGGGCAGAACCAGUUCAAUGUCUAUGAGGUUUUAAAUCCCAAGAAGAAAGGGAAGAAGAAGAAAUACAUCAAUUCUGGAACUGUAACUCUGCUGUCCUUCAAAGUGGAGUCCGAGUAUACCUUUGUGGAUUUCAUCCGAGGAGGAACACAACUGAACUUCACAGUGGCUAUAGACUUCACAGCAUCCAAUGGUAACCCCUCCCAGCCCACCUCCCUCCACUAUAUGAGUCCCUACCAAAUGAAUGCAUAUGCCAUGGCCCUGAAAGCAGUAGGUGAGAUUAUCCAGGACUAUGACAGUGACAAGCUCUUUCCUGCCUACGGUUUUGGUGCUAAGCUGCCCCCUGACGGCAAAAUCUCCCACGCCUUUCCACUGAGUGGUGACAACGAGAAUCCAAACUGUGUGGGCAUAGAGGGCGUUCUGGAGGCUUAUUUCCAGAGCCUGAGGACGGUGCAGUUAUAUGGACCCACCAACUUUGCACCUGUCAUUAACAAAGUGGCAAACUGUGCAGCAGAGAUUACAGAUGGCUCUCAGUACUUUGUCCUGCUGAUGAUCACAGAUGGAGUGAUAUCUGACAUGGUCCAGACCAAAGAGGCUGUGGUCAAUGCAGCAUCACUCCCCCUUUCCAUAAUUAUCGUGGGUGUUGGACCAGCUGAAUUUGAUGCCAUGGAGGAGCUGGAUGGAGAUGAGGUGAGAGUGUCCUCCAGAGGACGCUUUGCUGAGCGAGACAUUGUACAGUUUGUUCCAUUCAGAGACUACAUCGACAGAUCUGGCAACCAGGUCCUGAGCAUGGCCCGGCUGGCUAAGGAUGUCCUCGCCGAGAUCCCCGACCAGCUGCUGUCUUUUAUGAAGAGUGGAGGAGUUGAACCGCGACCAGCCCUCUCCUCCUCGCCACUGCCGGAGCUACACCGGCAUAUCUGACCCUGACACAGCUGCUCGACUUUGCCUCUCCACCCUCUCUCUCUCUCUCUCUCUCUCUCUCUCUCUCUCUCUCUCUCUCUCUCUCUCUCUCUCCCCCCCCCCCCAUGCGCUUAUCUACGCUCACUUCCCGUACAGUUAUUUGUCACUUUGAAGGAGCGGAUGGAUCGACCCAUGACUUGCCCUCUUCCUCUCUUAUCACCGCUGAAGCUAAACAGGCACAUCACACCGACGCAGUGGGCGCUCAUCCCUGACUCACCUGCUGCUGUACCUCAUCUUUUUCCUCUCUAACUCACCCUGUUAUAUAGUGUUACUUUUCAUUUACUGUAUGGAAGAUCAGUGAGACAGAACCAUGACCGGCCCACUCCUCCCCUCCUGACUAUCAUUUCACAGCUCUGGGGUUUUGAAUUCCUCUCACCAGGCAUGUUUUUUGCACAUAAAGUUUUGACAUUUGUCCUUGUCCUCAGCAAGUGUUGACGGUAGUCACAUCUGGCAGGAGUCCCAGGAAGUGUAAGACACUAAAUUAAAUCAAAGUGAGCCGAAUGAAAGCAGAGCACUUGAUGAGCAAUAUACGCCAGCAUGUGCCAGUCAGGUGCUUUGGGGGGAAUUUUGGACCAAGUUUUGACUGUAAUUCACUGGAGUAAUUGGUCACCAUAAGGACAGGUGUUUGUGAUUUAUACUUUACUAUCGUCAUUAUUGUCAGGCUGCUGCCAAACAAUUAGUUCACUCCAGGGGUUUGCUGUGAGGCACGCUUCCCCAGAGGAUACAGGGGAGUUGAUGGCAAAGACUGCCCGAGGUGAAAGGCACAGGUGCAUGCUGAUGUUCUAAAAGCAACGAAAGAUAGUUAUUGUGCUUUGGCAGUUUGAUUUGGCCCACUUCUCGACACAGUUAGCAGUUGAAACUGCAGGAGCACCUGUGAAACACAGCUCAUGGAGGCAAUUAAGGUACUUUAAAACCCUUAGCGCCUGAUUACCGCAGUUUGUGUCAAAAAGUGCACUCUUUCUUCUGAGUCAUAACUCAGUCAGAUCUAAACACAAACGUGAUGCAUGUAUUUAGUGUGAUUUACACUUUCCAAGGAUGGAAAUUGUGAAUACAUAACCAUAAAGCUGUUUAGAAAUUUUGUAGUUGUCUCAAUUCUGUCUGGAGGGGGGGGUCAGACUCCCAGGGGUAAUCCAACCAACAUUAGCGAUGACGGAAGUAUUCAGGGACACUCUUUGAGUUUCUGAGGUGGACGUCAUACUGAGGGUAGCAUACAAGUGUUGGAAGGUCUAGUGGUGGGGUUCCGGUCACAUGUUCAUUAUAACCAAUCACAGAUGUUCGCACAGACACAGACACACACACACCUCUCUCUGCCCUGACACACCCACCCUCUCUUUGCCCAGCGUGGGCUGAAGCUGGGUGCAGAUUCCCCUCCUGCUGUUAGAGAAAUGCCAGUCUCUCCGGCUACCCUGUAGAGAGGAGGAGGAGAAGGAAGGAAGGAAGGGAAGAAGAGACAGGGGAGGAGGGAAGAAGGGAGUAAAAAGGACAGAGAUGAAGGUGUAAGAGACAGUAUGGCUUCGGGGGGGUUGGAAAGAAAGAAAAUCAAAGCCAUGAGAGAGUGCAGCAAAGAGAUGAGAUGGACAAUGACAGAGGGAGGAGGAGAGGAUCCAGAGAUUUGUUUGUUUGAUGCCAGAAGGGAUGGGGAAGAGGAGAAGAGAUGAGAGGCUGGAUGGAGAAGGCAACAGAGAGAAAGACAGCCUUUAGUUAGAGUCGGUCUAACCAGGCUUUGUAUGAAUAUUUUUGGCAAAGAAAUCUGAAUAUAGGUUAAAUGCACAUUCUCCGAAAAGCAAUAUUCCCCAGUGUAAUGUUUGCCCUAUGCAUGUCCCUCCCUCUCCCCUGCCAUGACUUGACAUUUUAUUCCCAGGUAGACUGGAGCUGUGUACAAAGUGGGCAAAAUCUGCCACCUAGUGUUCAUUGUUUAUAUAGCAGGGUAUCUUUAUUAUGCAUGACUACUGUACAUUCCUAUAUGUCACACAGUACAGACGCAUGACCUGAUGCAACUGCCCUUACUACCAUAGCUGACUGUAAGCAAGGUGAAUUCAGGCGCCCCAAAAGUUCAAAUAACACGUUGAUCAUAGAGAACUCACGCAUCUGAGUUCUUAUGUGAAAAUGUGACUUUUGGAAGACGUUUUGUUCAUGUCAGUGUGAUGAUGGUGGCUUAGAGGGGUGUUUAUGCUGUUAAUGUGUUGUGCAAGUGUAUUCAUUUUUUUUCUAAACUUGUGCAAUUAUUAAUCUAAUAGACCUUUUUCACAGCAGCUGUUUUGUCAUGAAGUUGCAUGGUGAACACACCAAUAACAGUAAUUAAGGUUCCGUUCCAUGUAGUGCAGCAGAGCCUUUCCAGUGAGCCAACAUUUACAAUAGCAGCAGCAACAGUAUCCUGUUGCAUGCCAUAAUGUUUGCUGUGAAAAAGGUCCAUUGUCCAGUUUGUGCAUGUUGAGGAAUAAAUAAGUGUUCACGUGAUCAUUGUCGCUGCAACUGGUUGAAAAAAAAAACAAGAGAUGGACAUAUAUCUCACAGUAAUAUGCAUUAUUCUUGUGCCACUGUACAUUUUCAUUUGUAGAUUUCAGAACUAACUCGCUGUGUGCAGUGUCUUGCAGAAACCUGGUGUACUCCUUUAAAGUGAAAUUCCCCCAUCGAGAGACACAUGUAUUUUUGAUAUUUUGCAGUGAUGUGGCCUGUUUCCAGGGUCUUGAAAAUAGACACGUAAGGCUUCUACAAGACACCAGUGGUAUAAAAAGGUAUUCUGAGGGCACUUAAAGCCUGUAGUGUGACUUUUGUACAACAACAGCAUUUUUGUCUGUCUCUUAUAUCUGUCUUAUGGCCGUAUUAAUGUGCAUAUUCCAACAAUUAAGAUGGAGAAGGUUUCAUUGUACAGUACAUGAUGAAAUACGUUUCCCACUUGUUUGCUUACAGUAGAACUACAAAAGCCUUUUACAUUUGUGUCUCUAAUAAUAAAUCUAUAUUGUACGUUGACGUUUUUAUGAAUGUCCAAAUAAGAAGAAUGUAGAAGUUUGAACUAGAAACCCUUAACUGUUUUGACAAAUAUGUUGUUGUGUUUUGAUAUGAGCUUUGACUACCGUUUGUGUUUACUCAUAUCUCCUGAAGUUGUCCAACUGCAUCACAGUGAUACCAAACAUAAAGCGACACAAUCUGAUUAUUGUAUGUUGUUGUUUGUCCGCAGACUGACGAUUUAAAGUGGUAAGUUGAUUCUGUUACUGGUAUCAUCAGAGCGUUGAGCCUCCGCCCACGAAAAAUGAGCUCUGGCUUUAAAUGGUUGAUUCAGUAAACAGAUUAAAGCACUUUAAUACACAGAGCUAUACAUAAUGUUUGCUUCAUAACUGAUUUACAGCACUCGUGGAUUCAUCACACCUGUAUCUGCCUCCAUCUUGUGUUGAAAAUAAAUACAGUACCUGACA